CUCCCCCCCUCCCUCCCUCUCCUGUGUUUCCUCGUCGAUUUCAAUUUCUUUAAAUCUUCGGCUUCUGUUUUCCUUCAUUUUCUCGGUACUAACUAUAUUCUUAUCAAAAGAAGAAAGAAGAAGACAUCAACGUUUUGGUAGCCUUCUCUUUAUUAUUAUUAUUAUUAUUAUUAUUAUUAUUUUUCGCUGGCGAGUGUAUGCAAUGCAAGUUGGGUUUUAAUUGAAGGGCAAAGCUUUUGUCAGAUAGCCCCGAGAGAUAACUGUAAAAGAAAACAACUAAAGAAUUAAGCCUUCCUGACAAAUGGGUGUCUCUAAAUCAGAUCAAAGAAUAAACACUUCAACCUCUCCUCCUCCUCCUCCUCCUCCUCCUCCUUCACGUUCUGUUUCAUAGGCCCAAAAUACUUUCUAAUCCAGUGAAAGCUGUCUUAAAGAAGCAAGAAGUUAAAACUUCCUCUGUUUAUAGAGAGGCGGCAUCAUGGGAGAAACAAACGAGAAUAGAAAUAGGAGCAGCAGCAGCAGUAGAAGUAGCAGAGUAAUGGAGAGUCUUUCUUUGGAUAUUAACAGGUACCCAAGAGAUCUAUUACAAAGAUUCAUGUCAAGUGACGCGCAGCAAUAUCAAACGGCAACAAGUGAUGGAGACGAAACAGAGGAGAUUGAAUUAAAUCUUGGGCUAUCACUUGGUGGAAGAUUUGGGGUUGAUAAGUCUUCAAAGAAACUAACGAGAUCUUCAUCAAUAGCUGGUUCAAUACCAUUGUUGAGAGACUAUGAUGCUUUAACCACUCCACCUGCAUCUUAUCCUCUUCUCAUGAGGACUUCUUCUUUGCCUACGGAGACAGAGGAGGAGUGGAGGAAGCGGAAGGAAAUGCAGAGUUUGAGGAGAAUGGAAGCCAAGAGAAGGCGAAGUGAAAAGCAAAGGAAUUUGAGAGGAGAGUUGAGUCUGGAGGAAGUCAAAUUGAAUAAAGGGAAUUGGGUGCCGACGUGGGCUAGUAAGCAGAGUGGUGUUGUGAAUAGAGGUAAUAAUCUGGCAGGGCAGCAGCAGCAGCAAGCGUCACAAGGGUCCGUGGAGUCUCAAGGAGGGAGCUCUUCUGGAUUAUCAGAAAUGGUGAGCAAGCCUGUUCAAGGAUCAAGCAGUGGUGGUGAAGCACGAAGUCCAACAAGUAACCAGUCUUUGCAGGAACGAGGCAGUCAAGAAGAUUUAGAUUCUUCUGGGACAAAGAAAAAUGAAAAUGCGUGCAGAGCCGCCUCCAGUACAGAAAUGGAGAAUUUUUCCAAGAAGCUUGAUUCUGCAGAAAAUAUAGGGAGGGAAAUUGGGACCAAUGCAAUGGAAGAUAUGCCUUGUGUGUUUACAAAAGGAGAUGGUCCUAAUGGGAGAAGAGUGGAUGGCAUCCUGUACAAGUAUGGCAAGGGAGAGGAAGUAAGGAUCAUGUGCGUCUGCCAUGGCAGCUUUCUAUCCCCCGCAGAGUUCGUGAAGCAUGCAGGUGGCAGUGAUGUUAAUCACCCUCUUAGACACAUAGUGAUAAACUCUUCUGGUCCGUCCUUUGUGUAAUGUAAGUCGGUGUUUAUGUCAUCCUUUAAAAGAGAAGUAGGGAUGUGAAAUAGGAAGAGAAAAAUGAGAGAAUUUUAGGAAGUAGUUUGCUUUAUUUUUUUAUUUAUUGGGGGGCCUUGAAACGGAAACCGAAUAUGGCCCAACUUCGUUUCAUCUUCCAGAAGAGUGUUUGAAAUGGUUUUUUGAGGCUGCAUGUUAUAUUUAUUUCCUAAUUCCCCCAUCUCAUAAGCUGGGAGUGUAUUUCCCUAUUUCCUAAGCUGACAGUGUAUGCACAAAUGGAGGAAGGGAAAACAAGACUUGAUAGUUCAGAUCUGCACAUGGGCUGUCGCCGUGCUAUGCAGAUGGGAUAACCGAUGAAUAUGUUCCUGCAAUCGUCUUUAUCAAAAAGAGAAAAGGGCAGGCCGCAGAUUACCGAUGUCUAUCAUGGAAAACUAAUUCGAAAAAGGGAUCUCUUCUCCUCGAGGUUUUUUAGCGGAUCUCUCUUUCCAAAACCGCAGGCAUUGUAUUUAAACUUAAGGCAUUGUAUUUGAACUUUUGCAUGGAAUCGCAAGAUUCCUUGCGGAAGGAGUGAUGGUGUUUCAGCCGUGAAAAUGUAAAUAUACUCUGUAUGGCACCUGCUGCAUGACUAAGAAGAUGUCUAUUGGUCUUUCCCUGCAAA